AGACCCAGGUCUGACAUCAAUCCUGGACCCAGUCUGCAUCUCUGAGAGCCCAGGUCUGAAGGAUCCACUGAAAGUUGUCUGAGAGUCUUCAUUAUGGUCCUCAGUAGCCGCUCACAUUUACUGAGAGUUGAGACAAAGGGUGUCGGUGAGCCCACGUGGUUUGUGGUAGAGUGUGGAGCAGGACAUUCUGAUUCUGCCAGACUGUUUGUGUCCGCUGUUGUUACCUGCGAGCAAAGGAAAGGAUUUUGGCUCCGAGUUCUGUCAGGUGACACUGCAUCUGAAAGGAGCCAGAGGGAGUCUCAGGCCUGACGCCGAGUGGCCAUGUCUUCCCUUCUGCGCUGCUUCUCCAGCUCUUCUGUCCUUUUCCUCCAGUGUGGAGCUCGUCAGAAGAUACCUGGACGGAGGCAUUUCAGGACUUUUCCCGUGUUAUGGGACCAACAAGCCUCCAGAGGUAUUCUUUACAAGGACCUGGUAGUAGGAGUUCCCAAGGAGACCAUACAGAAUGAGCGCCGCGUGGCGCUGUCCCCUGCAGGAGUGCAGGCGUUGGUCAAACAGGGGUUCAAGGUGCAGGUGGAGACUGGAGCUGGACAGGAAUCCAAGUUCUCUGACCAACAGUACAUCGAGGCUGGAGCCACCAUCACUGAUGUUAAAGGGGCCUUUGGCUCAGACUUGGUCCUAAAGGUCCGAGCCCCCAGUUUAGGUGAAGUGGACUUUCUGAAGCCCAGUAACACAUUGGUGAGCUUCAUCUACCCAGCACAGAACCCAGAUCUGAUGAAGAAGCUGUCAGAGAGACAGAGCACCGUGCUGGCCAUGGACCAGGUGCCCAGAGUCACUAUCGCACAGGGCUACGACGCACUCAGCUCCAUGGCGAACAUCGCUGGUUAUAAAGCCGUGGUUCUGGCUGCCAACCACUUUGGCAGAUUCUUCACUGGUCAGAUCACAGCUGCAGGAAAAGUCCCCCCAGCUAAGGUCCUGGUCAUCGGUGGUGGAGUAGCUGGUCUCGCAGCAGCAGGUGCUGCCAAAUCUAUGGGAGCCAUUGUCCGAGGAUUUGACACCAGACCUGCAGCCCUGGAGCAGUUUAAGUCAUUUGGGGCGGAGCCUUUAGAAGUGGAUAUCAAAGAGUCUGGAGAGGGAGUGGGAGGAUACGCCAAAGAGAUGUCCAAAGAGUUUAUUGAGGCUGAGAUGGUUCUGUUUGCUAAGCAGUGUAAAGAGGUGGACAUUCUCAUCAGCACUGCUCUGAUUCCAGGAAAGCGGGCUCCCAUUCUGAUCAAGAAGGAGUUUGUGGAGUCGAUGAGGGACGGCUCUGUGGUGGUGGACUUGGCUUCAGAGGCAGGGGGCAACAUCGAGACCACUAAACCUGGUGAGCUGUACGUGCACAAGGGUGUGACCCACAUAGGCUACACAGACCUGCCCAGUCGCAUGGCCUCCCAGGCCAGCACCCUGUAUUCCAACAACGUACUGAAGCUGCUGAAGGCCAUCAGCCCAGAUAAGGAGUACUUCCACUAUGAGCCCAAGGAUGAAUUCAACUAUGGAACAAUUGAUCACGUCAUUCGUGGGACUCUGGUCAUGAAGGAAGGCAAGAACAUGUUCCCAUCACCGCUCCCAAAAACCACCCCCCCAGCUCCAAUAAAACAGAGCGUCUCAGAGCUGGAAGCUGAGAAAGCAGCAGCGGUUUCUCCCUUCAAACGCACCAUGACGUCCGCUGGCAUCUACACCACAGGUGUGUCCUCUUGUCUGGCUCUGGGCAUGAUUUCCCCCAACGCCGCUUUCACUCAGAUGGUCACGACCUUCGGAUUAGCAGGAAUCGUGGGGUACCAUACAGUGUGGGGCGUGACCCCUGCUCUGCACUCACCCCUUAUGUCAGUCACCAACGCUAUCUCAGGUCUGACAGCUGUUGGAGGUCUGGUGCUCAUGGGCGGAGGCCUCACACCUUCAUCAUUGCCUGAAUCCCUGGCUCUGGCUGCUGCCUUCAUAUCAUCCAUCAACAUUGCUGGCGGUUUCCUCAUCACCCAGAGGAUGUUGGACAUGUUCAAGCGUCCCACUGACCCCCCCGAGUACAACUACCUGUACCUUCUUCCUGGGGGGGCGUUUGUAGGUGGAUAUGGAGCUUCGUUGGCAGCUGGCUACAGCAUCGAGCAGAUGAUGUACCUGGGCUCGGGCCUGUGUUGUGUGGGGGCACUGGCAGGUCUCUCUGCUCAGGGCACCAGCCGAUUGGGAAACACCCUAGGCAUGAUGGGGGUUGCAGGAGGCAUCGCUGCCACUCUCGGUGCCCUCAAACCUUCACCGGAGCUGCUGUCACAGAUGUCUCUGGCCAUGGCCACUGGAGGGACACUUGGUCUGACCAUUGCCAAGCGCAUUGAAAUCUCAGAUUUGCCGCAGCUGGUGGCAGCGUUCCACAGCCUGGUGGGGCUGGCCGCUGUUCUCACCUGCGUCGCUGAGUUCAUGAUUGAAUACCCGCACCUUGACACUCACCCGGCUGCCGGCGUUCUCAAGACUGUAGCGUAUCUGGGUACCUACAUCGGGGGCGUCACCUUCAGCGGGUCACUAGUGGCCUACGGCAAGCUUCAAGGUAUCCUGGACUCCACCCCUCUGAUGUUGCCAGGACGACACAUGCUGAACGCAGGUCUGAUGGCAGCGUCAGUGGGAGGAAUGGUGCCUUUUAUGCUCAGCUCCAGCUAUGGUACUGGCAUGGGCUGUCUGCUGGGGGUGUCAGGGCUUUCUACUGUGAUGGGUGUAACCCUAACAGCAGCCAUCGGGGGCGCUGACAUGCCUGUGGUCAUCACCGUGUUAAACAGCUACUCUGGUUGGGCUCUUUGUGCAGAAGGUUUCCUGCUCAACAAUAACCUGAUGACAAUUGUCGGAGCUCUGAUUGGCUCGUCGGGUGCCAUCCUGUCUUAUAUUAUGUGUGUGGCAAUGAAUCGCUCUCUGCCCAACGUGAUCCUGGGUGGGUACGGCACCACCUCCUCACUGGGCGGUAAACCCAUGGAGAUUGUUGGCACUCACACUGAGGUCAAUCUGGAUCAGACCAUUGAUAUAAUCAAGGAAGCCAGCAACAUCAUCAUCACACCAGGUUGGGGUCUGUGUGCAGCCAAAGCUCAGUACCCGAUUGCAGACAUGGUGAAAAUGCUGAGGGAACAGGGGAAAACUGUCAGGUUUGGAAUUCACCCAGUUGCCGGUCGAAUGCCGGGCCAGUUGAACGUCCUCCUGGCUGAGGCUGGUGUUCCCUACGACGUGGUCCUGGAGAUGGACGAGAUCAACGAAGACUUCCCUGAGACAGACCUGACACUGGUCAUCGGUGCCAACGACACAGUGAAUUCUGCAGCCCAAGAAGAUCCCAACUCCAUUAUUGCUGGAAUGCCUGUCCUGGAAGUAUGGAAGUCCAAGCAGGUGGUAGUGAUGAAGCGCACUCUGGGCGUGGGCUACGCUGCAGUCGAUAACCCCAUUUUCUACAAACCCAACACAUCCAUGCUGCUGGGAGACGCAAAGAAGACCUGUGACAGUCUCCAGGCCAAGAUCAGAGAGGCCUACUACUAG